AUGGCUGCCCCCUAGUGGACAAGGGCGGCGGUACAGAAAGCCAAACAGGCGGCAGCCGUUGUUGCUCAGGUAACAGCUUGGCUUCGAGUACACUCAGGUCAGAGAGACCGAGACACAGCAGAGGAGUCGGUGCUCAGUGCAGAGGAGUCGGUGCUCAGUGCAGAGGAGUCGGUGCUCGGUGCAGAGGAGUCGGUGCUCGGUGCAGAGGAGUCGGUGCUCCCAGCAGAGAGUCAUUCUUCGGACCUAUAUACUAUCCUCUGUCGUCUCUUACAUCCAGCCAACGUUCACUAAAGAUGCCAGGAUAUGUUCCAACCCCCCAUCAAUACCCAUCUGCGCCUCUUCUAGCGCUCUCGCAGAAUGGCAGUCUCCUCCAGAGCUUUAGGUUUCGUCCACGUAAGGACCUUAUUGACUGGAGGCGUUUUAGUGCCAUUGAUGUGGACAGAGUGGCCUAUGAAUUAGACAUCACUACGCUGCAAGAGACCAUCAGCACAGUGACUUUUUGUAAUUUGGAUAAUGAAAAAUGUCCACAUUGUCAGCAGCCUGUGGACCUUGUGUUACUCAAGGUCCUUAAGCUGGCGCAGCUGACAAUUGAAUACCUUCUUCAGUGCCAAGAAUUCCUCUGCAACAAUGUGGCCCAGUUAGAAGAUCAGAUCCAAAAAGCUAUUGGUGAACAUCAGAAAACUAAGGAUGACAUGAUCAAGCAAGGUGAGGAGUUAAGGAAGGUGAAGGAGGAGAAUAAGAUAAGGAAGAAGCUGUUUGAAGCCCAACAAACCGUGUUCAAGGCUGACGCCAACAAUUAUCAUAAGUGCCAGCUUUGUGAUAAAGCAUUUAUGACCUACUACCAUCUCCAGGAGCAUCACAAACGCAGACACCCUGAGAAUGCAGAGUUUGAGAAACAAAAGAAGAGGCAGGUAGAUGAUAUACAAGAAGGCAUCCAGGAGCUGAAGAACACCCUGGUGAAGACUCAGUCUCAUCAGGAGACAGAAAGGGAGAUGGAACAUCAGCGUAGGAUGCAGGAGCUAGAGGAAGCGCGGCGAAAGGAGGAAAAUUUGAUAAGAGAUUUUGAAAGAUGGAAAGAAGAAGAAAGAGCGAAGCUUCAAAAUGAGAUGGAUAGACUGCGGCAACAGCUGGUUUCUCAGUUUGAAGACAUUGCUCUUAAAAACACAGCUAAAUUCCAGGACAUGGAGAGUAAAAUUUCAGUGAACUCCAAUCUUGGCGAGCUCCUGGAUGACGAGGAACGUCAGGAGAAGAAGAGGAUACAGAAUGAACUUCUAAACAUGAGGGAAGAAUUAGAAAAACAGAGGACAGAAUGGAAGAGGAAGAUGAAAGAAAUGAAGACAGGUCACAAUGAAGAGAGAGAAGACCUCAUAAGUGAGAAUAAGCGACUGAGAGCUUCCUUGUCAAGUGACCAAAAAGCAAGAGAUGAGCAGUUUGAAUCAACUGUACAGAGACAGCAGUCCACAAUUAAGAGCCAGGAAAAAGUCAUCAAGUCGCAGGAGAAGAAAAUAAGAGAACUGAACACAAGCAGGGAAUUUAAAGAGGUGCCUCAAGUUGCACAAGUCAUUUUGCCAGUGGGAGGAGCAAAACAAGAGCCAAAUGAAGAAUCAAGUGAUGACGAUGAAUCUCUAUAUCAAAGAAUGAAAAAGAUUGAGACUUUGAGAAAGGACCCCAAUUUUGCCAAGCAGUUUCGUCCUAUCUUGAAGCAGACAUUAUUGGAAAAGCUUGAAAGUAUGGGAGUGAAAAAGGGUUCUAAAGGAAUUACAUCCUCUAUCUACAAAGAUUUGAAGUCUGUGUUAACAAAGCAGUACCAGCAAAAAGUGAAGAAAUGGCCAGAAAUUGAGACUGAAAGAGCAAGAAUGGAAAAACUUCUUACCAAAAAAGUGAAGAAGCAAAAUAAAAAUGCAGAAAAAGACACGUUAACAGCUUCACAGCUUUCAACAGCAAUUCAGAGCCCGAGGAGUCUACGUUUCAUCACAUCCUCUGGGGCCACGGAACAAGUUAGCAAUGUGAGAAUGGUCGCAUCUUCAACACCCCUCCCAAAAGGGACAGCUGGUCAGAAUAUGAGCAGGCCGAUUAGUGUCUCCCCACGGGCAAGGACACCUCCAUUCACGUCAGAAGAAGACACCUCAGUGUUGAACCGUUCACCCUUCCCUUCUCCUAAACCAAGGAAGAAUGUAAACUCCCAGGCCCUUUCUAUGGUGCAGAAGGAAGUUGAAGAUAUCAGUGAUGAUGACUGGUCAGAUGAAUCAGAUAGCUCUCCUGCAAAGCCGAGCCCCAGAACGGUUAGCUUUUCGAAAGACACAGCAAAGCAAGGGUCUCUGGUCCAUUCUAUGGCUCGAAGCCUAGAAAGACAACUAUCAAAGCAAAGGGAGAAACCAUUUGGUGGUGUAGAAACAAUCUCCUCUACUUUAAAAUCUGCUAAUGCGUCUGAAAUAAGAAAGUCUCAGUCAUGGGAUGACAGUGACUCGGAAAUUUCAUCGUUGGAGGAAAUCACUGAUAACCUGGACCACAGUCUAAGGAAACCCCAGCCUGCUUUACGUCAAAGUGCAGACUCCACAGGCUCACAUGGAACGAGUAUCUGGAGCUCCACAAGUGCAAAGGGAUGGUGACAUGGAAGACUAUGAGAGUUUUCUAAUCUAUCAAAAUGUGGACUUUUAUGUUUUAAGGUGCAAUAUUUCUAUGCAGUAAUAAUGCAUUGCAGCAGAAACCUAAGAGAAACAUAAAGGGGUUGGCU